AUGGAGUAUGUUGUGUUUAGUGGGGGUAUGCAAGGGGUGCGAUCAGCUAAGUCUGGUUCUAGCGUUGCUUUCACUAUGAUAUUACGGGAACGUCGUAAGGCAUCAUCUUCAUUAGCAGCUAGCACUUCUGAGGAGGAGUAUCGCAUUGGUGUUGAUGCCCUUGAACAGUUGGAUAAAGCCUUGGCUACUCUAGAGGAGGAAGAAGAGGAGGAGCAGCCCUCGAGAGAGAUACGGCCUCGCAGGGCACGAGAGAAUAAUAAGACCCGUAUCGUGGACCCUAGUAGCAGUAGUGAUGUGACGCCCAGUCCGUCGCCAUCAUCUUCGCCCUCUGAAGAUGAGGACUCGACUGAUGGUCCUGAUCUUGAAGGGGGGAUUAUUGUAGCGCGCACGAGGAAGGACGGCGAACUAUGGCUGUUGGUGAAGCCUAGGGAUGAGGCGUGGAAUAAGGUGCUAUGGGCCCCCUUCGAGGUGUGCUGUGAAGAGGACGCGGCAUUCAGGCAAAGGUACGCUAACUUUAAGAGGAAGUACCGCGAGUCGGAAGGGCCUCAUGCAGUGGACUUUGUUGCUAAUAGAAGGGAUAGAAGUAGCAGUAGUGUUAGUGGAGACGGGGGAAUAAGUCGGUCUGGUAGAGCGACGUCGUCGUUGAGCGGCGCUGCGGUUAUUGAUAUGCCGCAGAAGGAGCUGUUGGAUGUUCUAGUAGAUAGAGGUGUUAUAAAUGCAGAAUGGCUCGUCCCGGAUCAUUUGCUGACGUGUAGUAAAGUAGAUGAUGGUAAGAUUUGGCUGGUACAGUGGGGAGGGCUUCCGGUCUCGGAGGCAACGUGGGAGGAUGAGUCUCCGACUGAUACCCCUCAAGAAUUGAUCGAUGAAUGGAAUAAGUGGAACGAUGCGUCGAGGAAGCUUAGAUGGCAGAAGAUCGCCGAUGAGUAUCUUGCGGCUCAUAAGGAGGAAAUUGAGGAAAUUGCAGCGGCAAAGAGAGUUAAGAAGAGAGGGAGGCCGCCGAAACAUAAGAAGCGAGUUGAGGGUAUUGCAAUACAGGAUAUAAGGCGGCCUAAGGUGAAGGGGUUGCGGAGGGAUGGGGUUAACUUGUGA